AUGCCCUCGCAGAAGCCAGCGAACCCCGGUCCUCAUACCUACUCUCCCCAGCCGCCCCCUUUCAGCGCUUUGGACUUCUACAAUCAAUUCCAUCGUAACCAUUCCCAUUCGGCCUCGCAACUCUCCCUCCCGAUUUAUACAUCCAGCCCGCAUUCGUCACCGAAUCCCGCAGCAGCGGCAGGAUAUGGGUAUGUCAGCCGGGGGGCAUCCAUCAUGAGGAAGGUACCGGGAGAUGGAGAGGGAGUCGUCCACGAGAAGGUCGGCGAUACCACGGAUAUGAAGGAAAUCCCUCUCAACUCGCCGUCUAUCCCUGUGCUUCCGCCCCACUACAGGCAUAAUGACUACGAAUGUCAACAUGGUCAACACGGUGGCCCUUGCCCUUACGCGUAUCCCUCCAACGGCAUGCAUCUGCGUCCCCAACCUGGAGGUGAAGGCCAUGACUCUGAAGACAAUCACGACCACAAACGAUGCCACAACUCAAGACUUCGCAGAUACCUUCUCCCAAUCAUCGUCAUACUGAUCAUCGUCGCAGGGAUAUUCAUCCUGAACGCUUGCUUGGUCGCUUCUGGCGUCAUCGCUUCGUGGAGAAACUGGGAUCCCGAUUGGAAGGGCGUUGGAGAAUGGAAGGGCAUCGUCGGCGAGCACUCUCCGAGCGUAUCCCCAGUACCAUCAGCCCACUCCAGCUUGACUAACGGUGGCACCAACUUCGCACCCGUCACUGCAACUCCUAUUCCUCAGGCAGCCGGGAACUCCCCUGUCGCCGUUCCUGCGGGAGCCGCCCUUUCUGGGCUUGGUACGGCGGUCACCCACGCGCUACCUCCCACCGCGCACCCCAUAGUAUCACACGCAGAACCAGCCGCGCACCCCCUCCAUGCCAAACGGGAGGAAAGCGCAUUCACGAAACACAAACUGUAUCUCAUCGUCGUCUUCGUCGGCCUUUUCGUCGUGCUCAUCCUGGGGAUCCUUCUCUCAGUCUGGUGUUGCGAAAGCGCGUUCGAGAACCCGUGUUGUUGCCCCUGCUACUUCUGCGCGUGUUGCGGUGGUCUCGCCUGCCUCGAGUGUAUCGGCUGCGGUCUAUGCUGCGAGGGAAUACAGGAACUCGGCAACAGCGACGAUUAG